CGAGUCGUCGGUCCCGCGGCGGCUAGCUGCAACCGUUUGAAUCUUCAUUGCGAUACACGUAGCACCAGACCUCUGCAUUCUGCAGCGCAUUCUUCAUCUCCGGAUAUCGACGCUAGGCAGAUGAGACUACCGCGACGGGUUCCCUGGGCCUCCAUCGGCGAGCUCGAGCAGGUCUGCGCGUGGAUAUACACAGAUGAAAGCGACACCAACGCCCAACUGCGCGCGGUACACAGGCUGGCAGCCUGGAAAGCGAUCACCUCCCUCCCGCACGCGCUCGAGUCCACUCACGCCAUCCUGACCGUGCUCCUGCAAGACAGCACAUCCCAGGCACAGCCGUCAUCAUCGCUAUCCCUCCGGCAAUCGUACGCAGCAGCGCUGAUCAGGCUGGUGAAUGGCCUGGUGGACCCGCUCCAGCUCGGCGCGUAUGCGCGCUCCAUCACGAGCAUCGCUGCUCAGCUCGGCUUGCCGGACUGGCUUGUCGAGCUGCGGCAUGCUGCUACACAUGAGGAUUUGCCUAGCCUAGAGAUCCUGCGGGAGGCCGCUCACGAGGCCAUGGCGUGGCUUCUCAACAAUUACUUUCUACCUACGCUGAACCCAUCCACGCCCGCCCGCGCCCAGCGCGUAUCCCUCCGCCCGCUGUCACCGCUCCUCAAACAGUACAAAGCGCUACUAAAGACGACCACGCGCGAUGCGUCGCUCGCAGGGCGGCUCCGGCCUGAGAUCACCAGAGUGCUGCGGGAGGUCGAGCGUUGGAUCGCGGAGGCAAAGGUCGCUUCACCCGGGGAGACGGGGGAGGAUGCCGACGGCGAGGGCGACGGGCGCGAGCGGUGGGCACUCGGACGGCUGUGCGAUGCGCUGAUUGAGAAGGGGGCGUUAGUCCCGCUAUCGAAAAAGUGCGGGUUUUCAUGUUGCUCAGGCCAAUGCGGUAUCGUUGACCUUGUCAUUUGCAGAAAGCGUGUCCUUCCCUCCAACACGUUCUCCCCUUCCCCUUCCCUCCUCCAGAUCUGGACCCCGCUCCUCACUCAUCUUCACAUCCUGCAUCCCACCCUCCCCUCCGUUCUCGUCUUCCGCAUCCUCUCCCACCUUACAUCGGGCUCAUCGGACCGGCCCAGCAACGACUUCGGCGCGGAGACAGUCUCCCUCGUCGUGGACGACGGCAAGUUACACAUUUCGUACGACAGGUGUCUCGCGGCGUGGGCGAACUGGGCCGUCGAUACUUAUGCAGACAAGGCCACUGAGAACGAGGAAGGUGACGACGAAGAAGAUGAGCCGGCUUUGCGGAGGGCGGGUGUGGUGGCGAAACUGAUCAUAUCGCUCGGACCGGCAGGAGGAGAGGCGGUGCAAGACAGAAAGACUGCACUGGAGCUGCUUAAGGCACUCUGUAAGGGCGAUCCGACUCUUGAAAAAGCCGCCGCAGUGGUGUCCGCGCUACAAAAACCUCCUUCGUCUAAUACAUGGCAAGAAGCCGACACCCAACUAAUGCACUCGCGCCUUGCCGCCCUCCUCACAACGGUGAAGCCCGAUGCACCAGACCUGUCAGAUCGUGCCGACGCCGAUGUCGAAAUGGAGGAUGGUACGAAGGGCGCUGGCCUCGACAAUGGCGCUUUGCGUGGAGAGGCAAUGGGGCUACCCCCGGGGUGGAGGAAGAUCACAGAGCGCGACAGGUGGAAACAUUCUCCCAUAGGCGUAUUCGUGGCGUGUUCUGGCACGCCCGCAUGAUCGAUGGCUUGUAAUGCUAUAAUCAAAACACCAACCUGCGUCAGCAGGUUUGCGCCUAGGUAUAGGUAGUAUGAGGAGGGAUUA